GCUGCCAGUAACUCCCCUACAUCAAGAAAAUUUAAAUGUAAUUGAAGCAAAAUAUCCAAAUGUGACAAACUAUGACUACUGCGAUCCAUUCAAAAUUGUUAUGCAUGAUAAAGACUUAAAUGAGUCUUUCACAAAGGUGGAACUUCCCAUCGACAAUAGUAACGAUAUUGCGAAUAAAACCAAUAGCGAUGAGUGUUUCGAUGAAUACGAAAUUAUGCAAAAUGAAAUCAGUACUCAGAAAAUUACUACUGAUGAAUUACUUGUAACAAAUAAGAAUGCUGCAGUAGAAGUCAAUAAUAUCAUUGAAGACAGUAUUGGUAUAGUCGCUAGAAACGCUGAUGUAAGCUUAGAUCAAGAUAUAACCAAAGAGCCUUGUAGUGUUAUCGAUGAUAACUUAAUAGAAAAAGAAAAAAUUACAAACAUGGAUAAUAGUUCUUUGGUUAUUUGUACAAAAAACAAUGUAAUUUUAGAAGAUAUCUUGGAUGAUAGCAGUGAUGAUGAAAAUAUUAAUCUAAAGAGAAAAAUUUUCAACAUUGAUGAAAACUCAGAAGACUUUUUCAAGAUACAUGCUUUAGAAAACACCAAGAAGACUAGUGCAGAUGAAAACACUUUGCAAAACCAAUAUUUUCAACACAAUGCAAAUAUUCCUCUAAAUGAAAGUGUUUUGAACAAAGAAAAUAUUGUACAAAAUAAAAAAAUAAUGGAAGAACAAAUAGAUGAUAUAGAAUUUGUAGAAAGUAUUGAAAAUGAUGAUUGUAAUGAUUUUGCAUGUUUUGAUAAAGCGGACUCAAAUGUUCAAGAUGCCACUUAUGAUAAUAUCCCUUUUACACCAAUAUCUAACGAUAUUACAUUUAAAGCAGAUUUUGACCAAUUUUAUAGCCAACCAUCAAUCACGAACUCAAAAAUAAACUCUCCAAAUUCAACAACUCAAAAAACCUUUGCUAAAAAUAAAAGCUCAGUUUUAGAAGACGGAUUUUCAACUAUAACCGCAGAUGAUGCAGAUAAUGCGGAUGGCAGUGAUGAUGACUUUGGCGAGUUCACUGAUUCAACCUCUAAUCAGGUACCGAGUAAUAAUCUAGAAACGAAUAUAAAACAAACUGCUGAAAAAAAAUUAAAUCUAAAUUUAGAUAACGUAAACGAGCGUUUAAAUCAUGUAUUAGAAAUAAUGUUUCCAAAAUCAGUGGAAAAAUGUUUAGAUUAUAAUGUUACAAGAAAAGAUUUCAACAUUAACCCGCAAUUGCACUCUAUUGACUCAGCAAAAGCACUGGAAUACCAGUGGGUGAAUUCACAAAUGAGAGAUGCGUUGAUUAAGUCACUUGGUAUUGAUUGCAGAAAUAUUCUUUUUGGUGAAAAGUGGAACUCAUCAAUGCCACGUUUUGCGGCUAAUUUAAGUUAUGAUCCUCUGCAGCCUACUAAAUCGCUAUCAUCAACUUUAACACAUGAACUGCAACACAGCAAGGACAGAUCACAAUCUCAGAGUUCGAAAAGCACUGACAUACCUACGGUCGAAUUUGAUUGGCAUACUUCCGGUUUAGUAAAUCCACUAGAAGGGGCUAAGGAAGGUACAGAAACAAAAGAAGAAACUAAAGGGAUUUACGCUACCGAGACUGGGGAGUUUUCUUCAUUCGGAGAACAACAGUUAUCAGACGGUUCAAGCAGUUUCAGUACCAAGGCUGACACCACAACAAUUACAUCAACAAAUGCUUGCACAGCAACAACAACAACGAUAUCGACAAAUGUUUCAACAGACAGCGUCGGCAACUCCUUCGACAAAAAUGACUUUUACAUUAAUAUAAAGAAACAAACUGCAAACGAUAAUGGUACCUUCGAUGCCUCAAAACAUAAUUGCUUUGAUGUAAAUACUUUUCAAUCUGCAGAACACUCAUUACAAUCGAAUGAAAGAAUUUCAUAUACAAAUAGUAUAACUUCUUAUCCUGAGCAUAGUAAUGAAGACGAUGAAGUUGUAACUACAUGCACUUACGCUGGUCCACUCAAAGAAACACACAUAUAUACUCCAUCUAAAGGAGAAGCAACAAUGAUAAGAACUAUUCGUUCUAUAAAUAGUGAUACCACAAAACCAGAUCCAAUUGAUUUUGAUUACGAAAAAGCAGCAGCUGGUAUUGUCAUUGAUGAAAAAGUAAUUGCAAAAGAGUAUAGAGACAUUGAAUAUAAUCCUAACUUUAGUUCAAUUAUUACUGAAAGCAAUAAAUUAGGAAAUUCAUCAAAUAUAGCUUCAACUAGUUGCCAAAUAUUACAGGGUGAAUUUAAGAAUAUAGAUGGUGAAAUAAACCCAGAUGCAAACUUACAAAAACCAAAGAGUAUAGACUAUGAUGAUGAUUUUUCAGAUUUUCAAUGCGUGCCACCAACUGCAACAAUAGAAGUUGGGCUGAAUCCCAGCAGUUUACAUGCUACCAAAAUAAAGAGUAGCACUUCUAGUCGUACCAGUACUCCUUCGGUAACAGAAGAAAUGAUAUUAAGUCCAACUAUACUAUUACCUCAAGCUAUUUCAAUGGAAAAUAGCAAACUAAAAAUUGAAUGGGGUGAUACAGUUAACCAUAUUAAUCCUGAAGAGUUAGCACGCAUUGAGGAGCUUUUUCCACAACCUAAAUUUCAUAAAACUAAAGACAUGAGUAGUCCUCACAAAUCUUUAAACACACAUAAUGAAAAAUCACAACAAAACUUUAUUUCCAUUAGUGCCACAAUAGCUCGGAAAGAACAAAAUAACGCAAAUGAUGAUGACGAAUGGACAGAUUUUGUAUCGGUACCUGCCGCAACAACAGUUAAUGUAAAAAACUCCAAUGUAAAUUUCAAUUAUAUAGGUGGAAGCAAUAAUAACAAAUUAGAAGCAAUAAAUGUAUCACCACGAAAGCCUUCAAGAAUUAACACAAAGUCAAAUAAUUAUGAAAAUAAUGGCCAGAAUAGCAAUGAUGAUGAUUGGUCAGAUUUUGUUUCGAGUACUCCCAAGACCAAUGGUGUCUUAUUAACGAACACACAUAUCCGUACAAAUAAGGUACCGCAGUUUAAUAGUGGAGCUUGGCAAAAUGCAAAUUUCUACAACAAUCCUUUAAGUUUUUAUCAUCAAAAACCAACCAAUACGUUUUCCCAACCUGCUCAAUCUACACAUCAGUUACAAACACAACUACCGCCUGUGUUAAAGUUUCAAAAUAAUAACUACAGUGAUAAAAAUAAUUAUCAGUAUAAUCAAUACCAACCACAACAACAGCAGCAACAGCAACACCUGUCCCAAAUUCACAUUAUGCAGGAUAUGUCCAUAAUGCCAACAACUCACCCAAGUCGUGCCGUAGUGCAAAGCUCAACAACAAAUAAUAUUAACCAGUUUCAAGUCGGUGGUGCAAGAGUUGCACCCAGCAUUUCUCUUAUACCUGAUUUCGGCUUUAUUGCACCAGCUGUGCCCUCUCAUACUACCUUCAUUAAUUCAUUGCCCAAGCCAAGCUUCAACAUGAAAAAAUGACAAUUAAGCAGAUAUAACAACACAAAACACAGAAACGGACCGUCCUGUAAAGUGUCAAUCACUAAAAAUAGUCGUACUCAAAAUAGUCUUAGAAACAAUAC